AUGGUCCUAAGCUCCUCAAAAAGGCGACGGCUCAGGAAGGCCAAAAGAGCGACGGAACAGCAACAGCUGAUUACCGGCUCUCAGAGGAUACCUGAGAACCCUGGAACUGCCCCCGCGGUUACCACAACUGCAGGACGCGGAAAAAGGGCACCGAAGCCGACUGGGUCCUCUGCCGCGCUCAAGCCUAUUGGCUCUAGGUGCGGUAAAGGACCUAGAGGGGGGUACCAAACCAAAAACCCAAACCAAACCAAACAACAAACAAAGGGCCAGAAACGCGAUCGGCCAGAGGAAACCGUGACACCGACUGGGGAGAGUAAAAGGGUUAAACCUAACAAACUCCGGCUGGAGUCAGGGACCUCGGCCAGUUACGCGGAAGCGGCAGCAUCCUACAAAGCCAACGAGCUUUGUGUUGCCGUGAUGACUGAGCCCUUUAUAGACAUGACACAAGAACAGGCAGAUAACAUCCGCCUACAAAUCGAGGGUAAAAUCCAAGAUGAGCUCAUGGCGGAUCUUGAAGCUACCCUAGCAACUGAACCCAACGACAUCAGAUUCCGGGGAAGAGCCCACUUCUCAGAUGGUGUCCUCAAAACUUGGUGCGAGGAUACCUACACGCUGGGAUGGCUUACCGGAGCAUGCGAUGUCAUCAACAAUCCGAUACCGGACACCAAACUGGUGGUACGGCCUCAGUCAGACAUUCCGAAGAAGGUGCCGUGCUUACUGCAUGUUCCAGAGUUCACUGGUAGCACGGAAACUUUACGGAAACUGAUCACCAGGCAAAACCGCCACCUAAACAUCAGAUCUUGGACCCUGACUCACGAACGUAGAACACAGGACCCGACAGGCGUAUCUUUGUUCCUUCGUGUUCCGGAAUAUGAGAUCUCAAAGAUCAAGGCACACGAACGUCGCAUCUACUAUCUGAUGGGGAACAUCUAUAUCCGAAUUCUGGAAAAGGAUGAACCCUCAGUGGUAGCUGCCGCCACAGUAACUACUGCCAGUACAUCGGGGACGGGAUCCUCGGGGCCAAAGCCGCCCUCGUCAACGACGGAGAUAGCCGCGGUUGCCGAGGAGACAGGGGGGAGUGAAUUCAGCGACAGCUGUUUGCGCUCCUCCCCCUAACCGGACUGACCUUAUCCAGACCAACCUCCAGCACAGCCAAACAGCGUCGGCUUCACUACGCAGACUGCUGGAGACCAACCCGAAGACCAUUGCCGCGAUCCAGGAGCCGUGGAUCAGGAAUGGCAAGGUAUGCGGCCUGGGUAACACCGGUGGUAAACUUUUGCUGGAUACCUCAGGACCUUACAACCAUUAGGUUACCUAGGGACGCACAUCCAGACAUCGUCCUGGCGUCCGCCUACCUACCGGGUGACGAGGACGUGCCCACUCCAGAACUCGGCCUUCUGGCUGACUACUGUGAGAGGGAGAAACUGGAGCUUAUAAUCGCAGCAGACUCCAACGCGCACCACACGCUAUGGGGUAAUGCAAAUACCAACGCUCGAGGUGAGAAUAUGCUUAACUUCAUUCUUAGCAAUAAUCUUAUCUUAGCAAACAGCGGCUCUGAACCAACCUUUAUCAACGCACGCUCGCAAACCAUAAUCGAUCUAACAAUGGUGACCUCUGGUCUGUCAGAUCACAUACAGGAUUGGCAUGUCUCCAGAGAGCUAUCAUGCUCAGAUCACAGGUGGAUCCGCUUUACAAUCAAAGGGGAGCUACCUAAACCACAACCACGACGCAUACCUCGGAGAACUGAUUCAGUAAA